CCGAUUGGAAUUUUCAACAGCUUAUAACGGAUGGUCAGAGUCACAUUUUCCGUCUCAUCUGUCUGUCCAGACCGCAAUAAUGUCCAACAAACCGCUGCUGCUAUGCUUCCUAACCGUCCUCGCCGCCGUCGCCGGACGCGGAGCAUCGUCGGACCUCGACUACUCGAAGCUCUCCGGCAUUAUCAUCCCCGGCUUCGCCUCCACUCAGCUCCGAGCAUGGUCGAUUCUUGACUGCCCUUACUCUCCUCUCGAUUUCAACCCUCUCGAUUUGGUCUGGUUGGACACCACCAAACUUCUUUCUGCGGUGAAUUGCUGGCUUAAGUGCAUGGUGCUGGAUCCUUACAACCAGACGGAUCACCCUGAUUGCAAGUCUCGCCCUGAUAGUGGUCUUUCUGGUAUUACAGAACUUGAUCCUGGUUAUAUAACAGGACCUCUUUCGUCGGUAUGGAAAGAAUGGAUUAAGUGGUGCAUUGAAUUUGGGAUAGAAGCUAAUGCAAUAUUGGCUGUCCCAUAUGAUUGGAGACUGUCACCGUCAAUGCUUGAAGAAAGAGAUCUUUACUUCCAUAAGCUAAAAUUGACAUUUGAAACUGCUUAUAAACUUCGAGGUGGCCCCUCUUUAGUUUUUGCCCAUUCAUUGGGUAAUCACGUUUUUCGUUAUUUCUUGGAGUGGUUGAAGCUAGAGAUAGCACCAAAACAUUAUUUCGAAUGGCUGGAUCAACAUAUUCACGCAUAUUUUGCUGUUGGAGCUCCCCUUUUGGGUGCAACUGAAACCGUCGAAGCAACACUCUCUGGUUUCACAUUUGGUCUUCCUAUAUCUGAGGGAACAGCUCGAUUGAUGUUCAACUCAUUUGGUUCAUCAUUGUGGAUGAUGCCUUUUUCCAAGUACUGCAGAACAGAUAAUAAAUAUUGGAAACAUUUUGCCGGAGAAAGGCAUGCAGGUCAUCAUACAUAUCGUUGUGAUGAGCGAGAAUUUCAUUCAAACUUAUCUGGAUGGCCAACAAAGAUAAUCAACAUUGAAAUCCCCUCAAGUCGUGGAUUUGAUGCAUAUCCUUCAUUUUCAGAGAUACCUGAUGCCAACUUGUCCAGCAUGGAAUGUGGACUACCUACUCAAUUAUCUUUCUCAGCUCGUGAAAUAGCUGAUGGCUCCUUUUUCAAGGCAAUUGAAGAUUAUGACCCAGAUAGCAAGAGGCUUUUGUACCAGUUAGAGAAAUCAUAUCUUAGUGAUCCUGUUCUUAAUCCACUUACACCUUGGGACCGGCCACCAAUUAAAAAUGUCUUCUGCAUUUAUGGCACUGAUUCAAAGACAAAGGUUGGUUACUACUUUGCCCCUAGUGGCAAGCCUUACCCUGACAACUGGAUCAUUACGGAUGUCGUUUAUGAGUUCGAAGGAUCUCUAAUCUCAAGGUCAGGGAAUCUGAUUGAAGGGGACCCAACAGCCAUAAGUGGUGAUGGGACGGUACCAUACACCUCCCUUUCCUGGUGCAAGAACUGGCUUGGACCAAAGGUGAACAUAACAAGAGCUCCUCAGUCCGAGCACGAUGGCUCAGAUGUACAGAUUGAAUUGAAUGUGGAACAUCACCAUGAAGAGGAUCUUGUUCCAAAUAUGACAAGAUCGCCCAGGGUUAAGUACAUAACAUAUUAUGAAGAUUCUGAAAGUAUUCCUGGAAAGAGGACAGCAGUUUGGGAGCUUGAUAAAGCAAAUCACAGGAACAUUGUUAGAUCACCAGUGCUAAUGAGGGAAUUAUGGCUUGAGAUGUGGCAUGAUGUCCAUCCUGAUGCAGAAUCAAAGUUUGUCACAAAAGUUAAGCGUGGACCUUUAAGAGAAGAGGACUGUUAUUGGGAUUAUGGGAAAGCUCGCUGUGCAUGGCCAGAGUAUUGUGAAUAUAGGUAUAUUUUUGGUGAUGUUCACUUGGGACAAAGCUGCAGGUUGAGAUAUACGUCGUCUGAUUUGUUGUUGCAUUAUUUAUAAAUAAAAAGGUGCUGGUGGUGGGAUUACCUUUUGACAAUUUCUAUUACUGGAAGCUACGCUACAAGCGGAUAUCAGAAUUCCUGCUCCACAUGACUGAUUUUUUGAAGUUUGGUCCGCAUUGCAGAAUUGUGAAGCACUGUGUACAAGCAAAUUCUUUGUUUGCUUGUUUGGAACAUUAACUCAUCUUCUUCUCUUCCUUUAUCAUCAUCUCAAUUUGCAUAGCAUAUCUUGGGCCAGAACUUGCUCAUUGUUGUACUCAACAGUUCCUAGCAGCUGGUACCUCUCAGUCUCAUUGAGAUAUUACUGGUGGCAUCUGAUACGCAUCUUCUUAUGCUCAGCAAAGGGAAAUUCAGGUUAUGGCUUCCUAUUUGUUGAAACACUGAUUUAUACUGCUAUUGAUCAAGUGUGUGUUUGGAUACCAAUUGAGUCAACGCGAAAGCACAUUCAUCUCAAUCCACCAGUUGAAUUCUUUUCACUUCUAACCUCGAAGUGAGUGCUAACGCCUCCAACUGGUAUCCAACCUUCACUGCUGGUUUCUUGAGUGACCGGUUCCCACUUUGCCAUCCUUGUAUUAACACGCGACAAUUUUGGUGAAUCUGUACAUCUAUAUUGGUCAAUUGGUUGACAGUUUUUUUAUAAAAACGAUUUAUUUACUGAAAGUAUGUUUAUAAAAAAACUUUUGGGUCCAUGUUUGACCUUGAAAGUUCUGAAGUGCCUGUAAUGUGGUAAGAACAUCCUUUACCAUUAGGACCUUUUCAAGGAUUGUCUCACUCUUUCGUUAGAUUGUCCUACUCAAGUCAAUAUCCUAUGUGUUUGUAUUACACUUUUAUGAAUCGUAAAUAGAGGAUUGGUUUAUUAAAAAAUGGAAGCUAGUCCCCCAUUUUUAUUUUAUAUAUUCAACAUGUUUUUGGAA